AGCCCCAAAGUAAGCUUAAUGUGUAGCCUGUGUUAUGGGUACUUAGACAGCUGAUUUAUCAUAUACUCGUACGUUUACCUACAUACUACAUCAUUAUCAACCCAUAUUCGGCGCACUACUGAGCUCGAGUCUCCUCUCAGAAUGAGAGUGGUUAGGCCAAUAGUCACCACGCUGGCCCAAUGCGGAUUGGCAGACUUCACACACGCAGAAGUUAAGAAAAUUCUCUGGUAUGCAGGUUUCCUCACGAAGUUUUACUUCACCGUUUGAGACACGUGAUAUUUAAUUUCUUAAAAUGCACAUAACUGAAAAGUUGGAGGUGCAUGUCGGACCGGAUUCGAACCCAUACCCUCCGGAAUCGGAGGCAGAGGUCAUAUCCAAUACACGAGGGCUGUCACGGCUUGUCUACAGAAUACAUGAAAAUAAUUGUGACAUUCUUCUAAAUAAUGUAUUACUCGUAUUUGUGUUGUACAAAAAACAUUUAGUGCAAUAUUUUUUUGCUUUCAUUAGAAAACAAUUUAGAAGACAAUAUCAUCAUCAUCAUCAGCCAUUAUGCAUCCGCUGCUGGACAUCAGGCCAUCAGGCGUCAACUCGCUCUCUCUUUGGCUAUAAAAAACAAUAUCUUGUAAAAACUGUAUGACACCGAAAUGUACCAUAAUCUAUACUAAUAACAUAAUCUAUACUAAUAUUAUAAAGCUGAAGAGUUUGUUUGUUUGUUUGAUUGAACUCGCUAAUCUCAGGAUAACUGGUCCGAUUUGAAAAAUUCUUUCAGUGUUAGAUAGCCCAUUUAUCGAGGAAGGCUAUAGGUUAUAUAUUAUCCCAAUAUUCUUACGGAAACGGGAUCCACGCGGGUGAAAUCGCGCGGCGACAGCUAGUAUUUAUAUAUAUUAAUACUUUUAAUAAUACCAUACAUACAAUACAUAAAACAUUUAAUAAUGAUUUUAAAAACUAUUCAACAGUCAUAAUCUCAAUAAUUCACUACUUAAUAAUAGUAGAUUGUUAUACAAGCGAUAACAAUCUACAGCAUCUACAGGCACGAGCCGUAAGGCGAGGACCGCUAAAUAUGCUAUGCUAUAAAAUGGGUUUAGCCCCACGUGUUAUACUCUGCCUUUCACUACCAUUGCGAGAAAAUACAAUAAUUCAGUACAGUAUUCAAUGAUUUAUUUUAAUUAAAAAUUAAAUGUACAAAAGUCUGCAAUUUUGGAUAUUAAGGAAGAUGCCCCUACCCCUACCCCGUAACAUAAUUUCAGACUGCUGUGAAGAUGAAUAAUGUGUAUGUAAGAUCAACGUGGGAGUAAAUACUUUAAAAAACUCCCUUUCGGAAGUGAACCAUUCGUUGUUUUUUUCCACUUAUAAAAUUUUUCGUUGGUAGGUAUUUAAGUAAAGUGACUUUGAUGGUAACAGAUUGAUAUCUCUCCAAAUUAGGCUCACCAUUCUCACUAGAUGAAGACAACAAUAACAAUAAUUAAUGUUGCAAAAUAUUUAUGUUACGGUCACAAAUUCACAAUGAAUUUCAUAAAAAAUCAAGUGUGAACUAUUCACGACAAUUAUUUUUUUAAAUUCUCGCUUUUUAAUUACUUUAUUAUUAAGCUACGCCCCUGGCUUGGUGUAAUAGUUUUGAUUCUUUAACGACAAUUAUUAUCGUAAUAAUUAUGUUAAUGCCAAUACAAAGUUAUAUCAUCAUAUAGCUCGAAUAGCCGUUUGAAAGUUGGGGUCCCAAGGUGCUGGAAUGGCGGCCCCACCCCCCACCAGGUGGACUGACGACAUACGACGAGUCGCAGGGAUUCGCUGGAUGCAGGCCGCUCAGAAUCAGGAUGUUUGGAAGUCCCUAUAAAAUGUCCCGCAGUGGACGUCCAUCUUCGUUGCUACAAAAAGACACUAGCUUUAUAGCAAAUUAUAAUUAAAAAGUUUUUUUUACAAUACAACAACUUACAACUGAAGAGAAAAUUUAGAAGGCAGAAGCGAUUCCUUUUUCCUUAUUAUAUUUUCCUUAUUUUUCUUUAUUGAGGGUCGUGACCUUUACCACGAUCUUUUUACUUUAGUUAUUUAUUACAUUAUAAAUACAGUAGGUAUACGUCAUUAUUACUUACCUAGCCACGGUAUUCAAAGUUGACAAUAACACAACACAAUAAUCGACUAAUGUUAUCAUUGAGGUCGUAGGUACUGAUAAAUAUAAUAAGUCAGGCCUCUACUCUAUCCAUAUGCUUCGCUCAAUACUAGCACACUAAUUAAUCCAGAAUCUUAGUAAUAACAUCUAGUAGGUAGUCGAAGCCGUGAUAGCCCAGUGGAUAUGACCUCUGCCUCCGAUUCCGGAAGGUGAGGAUGCACCUGCAAUUUUUCAGUUGUGUGCAUUUUAUGACAUUAAAUAUCACGUUUUUCAAACGGUGAAGGAAAACAAUGUGAGGGAACCUGCAUACCAGAGAAUUUUCUUAAUUCUCUGGUAUGCAGGUUGAAGUCUGCCAAUCCGAAUUGGGCCAGCGUGGUGGACUAUUGGCCUAACCCCUCUCAUUCUGAGAGGAGACUCGAGCACAGCAGUGAGCCGAAUAUGGGUUUAAUGAAGGUAGUCUAGACACUAGGUCCAUGGGGUAGUGUACAUACUCUCCUGACACUCCUCACGGAGAUCAGCAAAGACAACCCUUGGGCAGGCACACUUUCUAGCGCAUAUUAUUUUUAUCUAUACUUUUAGAGUAGGUAAUACCUAUUAUAAAGAGGAAAGAUUUGAUCAUUCAUUUGUUUGUUUGCAUUGAAUAGGCUCGGAAACUACUGAACCGAUUUACUUUUUUUUCUUCUUAUUGGAAAUUAGGCGGUGCUACAUCCCUGUGCCUCAGAGAGAAAAUCUAAAAAAAUAUUUAAUCAUUUCAUUUGAUUCUUUAAGACUUAGACUUUCAGGUGAAUGUGAUAUGUGUUCCAAGAUGAGUAUGGAAUUGCACCUCUGAAGGAGUUAAAUAUCAGUCGAAUCCAUGGCCUGUAAUCUGUAUCGUAAGAGAGUAUUAUUUGAAUUAUUAUAAUAGUCAUUAUCAUCAUCAGCAUCAGCCGAUGGACGUCCACUGCAGGACAUAGGCUUUCCAAAUAAGCCUUUCUGCUUCUGUCGGAGAUUCUUAAAACCUCUUGCCUAUUGUAACCGCUGCCAGAGCCAGAUAUAGCGGGGCUGCUUGGAAAAAUAGGGGUUGUGUUUUAUUUGUUCGGUCCAUACAAAGAUUUUCCCGAUACAUAGAUUGGUAUUAAUAAUUAUAACUAAUAACUUCAAAAUAUAAAUCCGUCUACAACCAUAUUAGUAGCCAUAGUGAAUGCAUGUCUAAUGCGAGCUACAGACAUUCAAUAGGCUACUUGCCUCUUUUGUAAACAGUGUUUAAACUGAAUUAUGGAAGUAUUAUAAGCUAUAUUUUAUUUUGUCCUGUCAAUAAUAACCAGUAAAAAUUCAAUGUAAAUGAAAAAAUAUCUACGUAAAAUUUUUGCCGCCGAAACACAAUACAUUAGCAAGUGACGUCAUUCAUAGAGAUAACAGCGUGAUUGGCGUUUGCAGUGAUGUGAUAUAUCACGUCACCGCAAGCGCACAAACCGAUGCCUUGAAGCGAAUGACGUCACGUCACGACGUAGAUUGGCGUUUGCGAUGACGUGAUAAAAAUCCAAUUUUGUUUUAAAAAAAUAUUACAAUUACGAGAUUAUUUUAACAAAUAAAAAUGGGAUUAGAGUUUCUAGGCAUCUAAACUGCCUAUAUGCAAAAAAUCUUCUUAGUUUUGUACAGCAGGCGAGUAGCCUAUUGUUGCAGUAUAACUGUACAGUCGAAGUGUUUUGUUAAAACGUCCGUAUGUAGGCAAAAUUGAGAACUGUACGGUUUUUAUUGAAGAAAUUACAAUUAGAUAAUACUUUUAAGUUAAAACUGCAGGUUUAUAGCCCGCAUAAGCAAUAUCACAGACAACAUAUUAUGGCCAUAGAGAAGUCAUCCUCGUCUAGAGUUCAAGGGGAAAAUUGUAGCGUGAAUUCGCGCGCGAAUGUAGAGCGGACUUGAAACGUGAUGCACUGCUGGGGAAUAAAACUCUGUGAUAUAUGUUAUUAUACCUAUCUCGUUAUCAGUUUUUGGAGUUGGUUUUCCAGUACCUAAAGAAAUCAGUAUAACUACGUAAUAAUAUAAGUGUAGCUUGUUAAUUGGAAGUGUGACAACCUACUGUUCACUUGUCCAGUGAAAUAAUAUUAAGAAUAAAAAUUUUAUUCCAAGGUAAGAUGAACGUAUAUUUUUCUCUUUGUUUACUGUGAUGUGAUAACUAACGUUCGGUAGAGUGUGACUGAGUUUCUGGACAUUUUUUUUUGACGGCCUCCGUGGCGCAGUGGUAUGCGCGGUGGAUUUACAAGACGGAGGUCCUGGGUUCGAUCCCCCGCUGGGCAGAUUGAGAUUUUCUUAAUUUGUCCAGGUCUGGCUGGUGGGAGGCUUCGGCCGUGGCUAGUUACCACCCUACCGGCAAAGACGUACCGCCAAAGCGAUUUAGCGUUCCGGUACGAUGCCGUGUAGAAACCGAAAGGGGUGUGGAUUUUCAUCCUCCUCCUAACAAGUUAGCCCGCUUCCAUCUUAGACUGCAUCAUCACUUACAAUCAGGUGAGACUGUAGUCAAGGGCUAACUUGUAAAGAAUAAAAAAAAAACCUAAACCAAACCAAACAACCCCUGUAUUAGAUCAACCUAAGUACCUUGGUACGUAGGUAGGUACCAACCUAGUAUUAUGUAGGUUCGUAUCCGGUCCGGGCAUGCACCUCCAACUUUUUAGUUAUGUGCAUUUUAAGAAAUAAAUAUCUCGUGUCUCAAACGGUGAAGGAAAAACAUCGUGAGGAAUGUUGUGCAUACCUGAGAAUUUUCUUAAUUCUCUGCGUGUGUGAAGUCUGCCAAUCCGCAUUGGCGGACUUCACACACCAUCCAGCGUGUCCAUGAUGGCAUCAUGGACACGCUGGCCGAAUGCGCUGGCUGACUUAUUUGGCCUAACCCCUGUCAUUGUGAAAGGAGACUCGAGCUCAGCAGUGAACCAAAUAUGAGUUGAUAAUGAUGAUGAUGAAGUAUAGUAUACCCUUUUCUUAGUGGCGACGUACUGUCACUAUAUAGUGUCAUAGGUGGCAUCUGUCAGGCCUCUUUAUGUGUAUUAAAAUGACGAUUUCUUUAAAGUUUUGUAUAUGAGCUAUAUAUAAACAUAUUGGUUGGAAUCAUUAUUAAACAAGCUAACUUUAAAAAAAUAAAUGUAAUUGGUUUUGCGAAAUAACGUAUGAUUAAUUGAAAUUUGAAAUAAGAACCAGCGAUGGAUUUCCGACUAUAUCACAACUCUCUGUACUUAAUUUAAAUAAAAUACCAUUAUUUCUAGUUUUUUUUUUACAAAAUAUGACAAAAUCCUUAAAAUCCUUAAAUGUGACAGCGCGGCGCAGCAACGUUAGAGCACAGAUUUUAAAAGUAUCAGUAGACGUAUACAUGUUUUAUAGAAGUAAUAAGUGACUAUAUGCCAUAAUUGUUCUUUUCAGUAUACGUCAUACAAGUUAAAGCGGGAAAGAUGGAUAGCCUCAUUCAACUCCUGGUGAUAUGUUUAACUGCAACGGCGACGUUGAGCUUGAUGCAGGGCAAAAGGUUUAACAUAGGUGCAACUGAUAAAACACCAAUAAUGUGUACUAUAGAUAAUAGAAACGGUAUUUGUGUUCAUGAACAGGCCUGUGACGAAAAUCAUCGAAUUAUUGCAACUGGUGCGCUAGAUUCAAGCGAGAUGAGGUCUAAGGUUAAAGGCUCGUGUCCAGCUAAUUUGUGGUGCUGUUCUGAGGAGAGUAUUGAGACACUCAUUGCAACUCAAUCAAAGACUCCUGAUGUGAUUGAUGGUGUUACUGAGAUAUUAACGAAGCAGCCGACAUCAGCUCCAACUGCAAGUGACGCAAAGGCUUGCGUAGCACCGCAAAACGAUCAUUGCCCAUGGUGUGUUCUACUAUACUACUCAAUUCCGGAGAAGCAGUCGGAUAGACUAUUUUGUAUGGGCGCUUUAGUUGGCAGCAAAGCGAUCAUAACCGCUUCCACUUGCAUAGUGGGAACUAAAACAAGGGACCUGUAUGCUCAACUUCCAAAUUCAGCAGACCCGUAUAAGAGGUAUCCAGUGAUGGAACGUAAUUUACAUCCAAAUUAUAAUACCGGAUCACAUGAGUACGAUUUUGGUGUAUUGGUUAUAGUAGAAGAUGCAGCUACCCAGAAGGCUUCAGGUGCCUGUCUAGAUUUUCUUGUACCGUUUGAAGGUGAAUGUUAUGGAUAUGGCUUUGAUGUAAAUGGAAGAAUUUUAUCGACAUUAUUACAAGUGAGAGAUAAAAGCUGCGGUCAAUCUGGCAGCUCUGUGGAUGCAGCAUGCGGUAAAAAUAAUGACCUUGUAUGCGGAGUGGCAUAUGGAGCACCUAUAAUAUGCCCGGCUGAGAAUGGAGGUCUAGUUCUACGGGGUGUAUCUCGCGGCGUAUGUACUGAACAAAAUGUUUUACUUGGUGGUAUCUUACGUUCUAAGACGUGGAUCGAAGAAGUGCUAAAUUCGAUAGGUGUAUCUACAAAUGCUUAUACGUAAUACGUAAUUAAAUGAUCAAAAUGUC